AUGUCAGACAGACGACGAAUCCUCGUCCCCCCCACGGCGCGGCCGUUGACGUUCGCACCCGCACCCACAGAGAGCUCACAAGAUUCGAGCUCGAGUUCAAAGACAGAGAUAUACCUCCGAACGUCGCUAUUUCCCGACGCGUCAGGGUCGGCCUACCUCGAGCACCAGAAGCACAAGAUCCUGGUUCUCGUGAACGGACCGCGGCCACAGCGCAUGUCGUUCUCGUCGACCGCGAAGUUGCUUGUCGACGUCAAGUUUCUGCCGGUGUCGUCUGACGCGCACGUACUGGGGAUCCAGCAGGGUGGUGGGUUUGAUACCGAUCUUGAGAAGAGUCUGGCGGAUUAUAUAUACGCGUCGCUGGUGCCCGCGAUCCGACUCGAGCGGUAUCCAAAGUCUGGGAUCAGCGUGUCGGUGGUCGUGGUCUCUGGUCCGCCGCGGUGGAAGGGGUUGGUGAAGCAGGUGACUGCUGCGUGUGUGACGACUGCAGGAGCAGCGCUUGUUGACGCCGGGAUCGAGGUAUUAGACGUUGUGACUGCGUGCGCGGUGAAGGUGUCGAAAGAAGGCGCGGUCUCGCUUGAUUUAGACGAGACGAGCGAGGAUUCCGAGUCAGUCGAUACCGUCGCGCGAGGAGUCAUAAGCUCGAUGGCGAGCAGGGAUGAGAUCACAGGUGUCUGGGUCGACGACGAUACUACUUCAGAAUCAGCCUCGUCGCGGUCGAUUGAGGGCGAGGCGCUGGUUGCGGUGCUCAAGGCGGCGAAUAGUGGCGCGGUUGAGAUUCGGAAGCUUGUGAAUGCGGUGUUGGCGCGGAGUUUGGAUGAGUUGCUGGUUGAGAAGAAGGGAAAGAAGAAGAUUACGAAGCGGUCGGCUGAGAGUAUGGAUAGCUAG